AUGAAGAGAACGCCAUCCAUCGUUUGGCGAUUCUUCGAUCGUAUUGAACAAGAUAACCGAGUGGUGGCUAUUGUGUGUAAAUUAUGUGAUAAUCAAUACAAAUAUUUUGGGAACACCACAAAUUUGCGUGCACAUUUAACGCACAAACAUCCCAUUCAAUGGGAGCUGGGACAGAAUGAAUCGCUAGAGGAAGGACUUCGCAUAGCAGGCACCGACGACGACACGAACCAAUCUUCGCUACUACGGCAAAGACGAUACAAAAAGUCCCGCAAAAAUGAUAACGUAUGUUAUUCUAUAUCAGUUGAUAAAAAUCCUGCUAAUGGGGGUGAGGAGGGUGGCAUGCCCACAAUUAAAGUUGAUAUGUUAGAAGUGGACACUGAAGGGGAACAUGAUGAAGAAACAAUUAAUUUAGUCAAACAAAUGCAUGGCGGUUCAGAUGAAGAAUGGCUUAAUGAGGAUGUGUUUGAAACAGUUGAAGCAUAUCAGCCGCAGAAAAAAAGAAGAAUGUCAUAUAAAAGCAUUAAAAGAGAGGUGACUAGUCCACAACCAUUGACAACUUCUUAUUCCCGUCCAACCCCAACAACAAAGCGAGUUAUUAUCAACAACAGAAGAGAUGAAUAUCAAACCUUUGGUGAAUAUGUUGGUAACAAACUGAGGAAGUUCAAAAACAAUGAAACUCGGUCAAAUGUUCAGCAAUUAAUUACAACGAUUCUAUGGCAAGCUGAGUAUGGAGUUUAUAACAAUAUGGAGACAAUAAAAAGGGUUUUGUUACAUUCUGUACAAGAAAUGAAUACACAGCAAGAUAUCAAUAUGGAAAAAACAGAAGAUACCACCGGUUCUAUCGAAGAAACACAUGUAGAAACUAUUAUUUCUGAAUAA